GCAGAGCUCGGAGCGCUCCAUCGGGAGAGAGCUAGAGAGACCCACAGAGACGGGGAUAGGGCGAGGCAAGGAGGGGGAAUUGCAGUUGCAACCAGGAAAGAGAAAGAGAGAAAAGGAGAGAGGGAGAGAGAGAAAAAAAGAGCCCCACCGCCACCUCUCGCGUGCGGGAGAGAGGGCAGGGAAACCAGUGUCAGGAUCCCUAAUUAAAGGAGAGCGCAGCUCUACUCUAAAAGGCAAGAGGGCUCCGCUCGCUCUUUCUUGGGCUUGACACUACGCAGCCGGGAAGACUCAGGCAGGAGGGACCAAGCUUUGCUCUGUGUCCAUUCAAAGGAAAAAGAUUUUCCCUCCCUUUGAGUGCUGUUCGAGGGGAGCCUUCGGGCGAGUGGGGAAGGUUUUGGGGUUUUGGCUUUUUGUUUUUCAAAGCAUUUUUUUUUUCCAGAUUAUUAUCUUUUUGUCAAGUGUCAGCGCCUCUCUGAAACUCGGGCGGCUAUUCGAUCCACAGGAAGUUUAUUCUCAACCUUUUUUUUUUUUAAAGGAGGAAAUAGCCUCAGAAGUUUCUUAAAGCGAGCUUUUUUAGCUGAAUGUCUAAGACUCCCACUGACGGGGCUCACUAGUUUGUUGUCUAGGCUUAUUUUUUCUCUUUAUUCUCCCUGCCCCAUUUUUCUUUUCGGACAUCGAUUCCGUUCCCCUUCCACUAGGUUCCAGGUUCCCCCCGCCCCCAACUACCCGCUCUCGGGUUGAGAGGGGGAGGGCGAGUGGGAGGGCCCGAAGGGAGGGUCGGACUUCGGGGAGAGAGAGCGAGAGAGCGAGAGAGAGAAAGGGCCAGGCGGCCAGCUGGUGCCGGGCAGAAGUUCUGAGCGCGCCACUCCGGGACUCGGAGCAGUCGACUUCUCGCCUCUUCGUCCCCCCCCAGGAGCGUUUGGAAGCACUCGGCCUGGGGGUGGGGGGUGGGAAGGGUUUAAAAAUACUGAGACUACCCGGAGAGGAGAUCGUCAGGGGCAAGAGCGCUCCAGCAAGUGCGAGGCGGGGAGGAGGAGAAGGAGGAGGAGGAGGAAGAACAAGAGGGUGGGGGAAAACAAACACCCUGUUUCCUCUCGGGCUCCCACCGCGGAUCAUGUACCAGGAUUAUCCCGGGAACUUUGACACCUCGUCCCGGGGCAGCAGCGGCUCUCCAGCGCACGCCGAGUCUUAUUCCAGCGGCGGCGGCGGCGGCCAGCAGAAAUUCCGGGUAGAUAUGCCAGGAUCUGGCAGUGCCUUCAUCCCCACCAUCAAUGCCAUUACCACUAGUCAGGACCUCCAGUGGAUGGUGCAGCCCACAGUCAUCACCUCCAUGUCGAAUCCGUACACCCGCUCCCACCCCUACAGCCCACUGCCGGGCUUAGCCUCCGUGCCAGGACACAUGACGCUGGCCAGGCCUGGGGUCAUCAAAACCAUCGGCACCACUGUGGGCAGGAGGAGGAGAGAUGAGCAGCUAUCUCCUGAAGAAGAGGAGAAGCGAAGAAUUCGGAGAGAGCGGAACAAGCUUGCUGCAGCCAAAUGCCGCAACCGUCGCCGGGAGCUGACUGAGAAGCUGCAAGCGGAAACAGAAGAGCUAGAGGAAGAAAAGUCGGGGUUGCAGAAGGAGAUAGCUGAGCUGCAGAAAGAGAAGGAGAAAUUAGAGUUUAUGCUGGUGGCCCAUGGGCCUGUGUGUAAAAUCAGCCCCGAAGAGCGUCGGACCCCACCGUCCCACAGCCUGCAGUCCAUGCGCCCCGGCGGCGGGGUAGGUACUGUGGUGGUGAAACAAGAGCCCUUGGAAGAAGAGAUCCCAUCCUCCUCUUCUUCAGCCCUGGACAAGGCCCAGCGGUCAGUCAUUAAGCCCAUCAACAUUGCUGGGGGCUUUUAUGGGGAGGAGCCCCUCAACACCCCUAUUGUGGUGAACUCCACUCCAGCCAUCACCCCGGGCACCUCCAACUUGGUCUUUACCUACCCCAACGUGCUGGAGCAGGAGUCCCCUGCAUCCCCUUCUGAGUCCUGCUCCAAGGCCCACCGGAGAAGUAGCAGCAGUGGAGACCAGUCUUCAGAUUCCUUGAACUCUCCCACUCUCCUGGCUUUGUAACCCAGCUCUGGAGGGGCAUGAAGGGAAGCCGCCCUCCAUCUUCUCCACUGUCUCCUUCCUAGGGACCAGCACACUGGCAAUGAGUGACAGCAGACAGAGGGACACUACAGGAGAGCUUGGCUCUGGGGAGAAUGAAGGGGACUCUGGCCAUGAGGAGGACGGUGGAGCUCAGGGCAGACCUGUGGAUCAAGUGGGAACUCCCUCCUUAAUCCCACAGGCCGUUCCUGUUACCUUCAAAACUUGGGAGGACUCUGUUUUGUGGACUCGCAUCUCUCCCUGAAGUUGGUCUGGACAUUGCUUUCCCUUUCUUCUGAUAUUGUAUCUUGGAGUGAUGGUUUCUUUCCUUGACUUCCUUUCCCCUUUGGGGCACAUUUGGUGCCCUCCCUCCCACUCAAACCAUUCCUGUUGAGCUUUACUCCCCUUAUAUCCGUUUCUCUCCCUUUUUAUUCCUUACCCUUCCAGGACAUUUCACGAGGGUGGUCUCAGCACUUAAGACUCCCUUAAAGAUCUUUAUUUGUUUCUGGAGGUAGGGCUGUGAGUAAAUGAUUUUCCUCGAGUCUGAAGUGUGUGGCUUGGGAUACUGGGCCAGGAAACAGGCCACCGAAAGCUCCCCCAGAGACUCGCCCGCCCCUGCCUCCCGGGGUCUGCGACAGUCAGCCCCCUGGCCUUUCCCACCCUCCCGCAGAGCUGGGAGAUGCAGCUGCUGGAAGAAGGUGCUCGCGGAGGCAGGAGAUGGGAGCCCAGCCCCCGUGUGCGUGCAGUCAGAGCUGGCUUUGCAAAAUGCUUAAUUACCAGCCCAGGAAUAGCGCCAACAAAGCCGGGAGGUUGCCAGCCCCGGCUUCCCCCUCUCCGCUGCUGCCUCGAACAGGGCGUCUCCCAUAAUUACUGCCUCUCCACUCGGGCCGGGGACCCUUCUCCCUCCUGCUUGCCCCCCCUGGGAAUCGAGGCAGCCCUCUGCAGGCUCCACCCUCCCCCUACAGACGCUCAGAGUGACGCCACCCACGGAGCUUUAAUGAGCGUGGGCCAACUCUCCCCAUCCCUGCCGGGGCGGCCCCUCCCCACACCGAGGGCAGACACGGAGCUCAAGCCUUGGCCCGGGAUAAAAAGGGAAUGGGGAGGGGUGGGGGAGAGGGAGGGAGCUGCGGGAAUGGCUGUUUGCAGCUCGGGCAGACCAAUCUCAGCCCUUCUGCCCUUACUUGUCUCCGACCGCAGCUCCUGUCCCCUCGGGCGCUUUGCUACCUGGCCCAGAGAGAGCUUUUCCACUUUAGCCUCCCUUCUCCCCAACCUUCCCUUCUGGCUCUGCCAGUGCGGUGAUGAGCGCAUGUAGGGGGUCACUGAGCUGGGGCCAGUCCCCUGACUGCUAAUUCCUCCUCCGGCUGCUGUUGGAGAGCGGGGAGCCUCGUUUGACGUGUAGGAAGAGUCCCCCGUUGAGAAUACAGCUUCUAUCUGACCCCUCCCCCCUUUCCUUCAUUCCUCUAACUAAAGCCUCUGGUCCUAGGAUCAGGUAGGAGACUCUCUUUUGGGUUCAUUGACUUAUUGGUUCUUAUUGAUCCUCCUGACUAGUAACUAAUUAAUCCGGCCACCUUGGCAGGUUUUUCUUUGGUUUAAAUCCAUUCCCACUAAGACAUUCCUUCGAAGGAGAUCCACUUGCUGGCAAUUAGGUUCCAAAGACCAGGUGGUGUUUUUUAAACAUUUAUUUAAAUCAAAUCCAGUAGGGGCAAGUUUUCUAAAUUAGGCGCUGGAGUGGGCAAGGAGACAUUAAACUGCUUCAUUGUCUCACCCAGCUCACUUCCUGUGGCUAUCUCUAAUACAGAUUGAGCAGCCAACACCCAUUGGUCACCUAGGAAUUUGCCAUAGCUCCUUUUUAGUGAUCCUUUCCAUCUGGGGCAGUGUGUGUGAUUGCCACUGAAGAUGUUGAGAAAACUUAGAUUAUGGGGAUGAUGGGAUCUCAUUGAAAUGCACAUUUUUCUUGAAACAAAACACUCCAGUGCAAAAUGAUUUAAAAACCAGUUUCAUUUCCACAUUCCCUGGCCCUGUUGGAAACUCCUUCCUGGUGCCUCAGGAGGCUCUGGGAAGGUGAGCCCCUAAGUGAACAUGAAUGUUUUGGGGUUUCUGACUUCCUGUUAAGCAAAGGUUUCCUGAGUCAGUGAGACCCAGCAUGAGGUGGUGGAAAGUGAAUGAGGUAUGCUUUCCUUUUAAAGGGUUAAUCAUCUCUAGUUGCAUUGGAAUCCAAGUCGGAGCCCUUUGCUUUUAUAUGCAUAUACAUAUAUAUAUUAAAAGAAGCUGCUUUUUUCCUGGUCUUAAAAGAUCUCCUUUACUUCCUUUCUUUGCUCAGAACUGACUUGAAGGUUGAUCAAAGUCUCUUCCAAGGAGGCUACCCUGGACAAUGAAUAGGCAUGAAUCUUGAGGCUUCAUUUAUUCAUUCAACAAGCAUCUAUUAAAUACCUACUGUGUGCCAGAAAACUCACUAGGCUCUGGAGAUACAAAAGCAGAAGCAAAAAGGGUCCCUGACUGGAGGAGCUUACUUUCUUCACAUUUAGAUCAAUCAGGCAACACACAUUUAUUAAGUACCUACUGUGUCCCAGGCACUAUUAAGUCCUGGAGAUACAAAGACAAAAAUUGCAGUCCUCGCCUUCAGGGAUGUUUGUUGAGUUGAACAGAAAGCCAUGUUGACUUUGGGACCAUUUGUGAGCCAAAGCGAGGUGACCCAUAUAACAUCUGCAGAAGGCCUUAUCUCUUGAGACCUUCUCCACUCAGGACCUGCUCUUCUGUGGGAGCUCUCAUAAAGAUAAUGGUUUUAUUCAAGGAAGAUGAAAUUUGCACCUAAGUGAUGAUUAAUAUCUUCAGUUUUCUGACCACUUCCUUCCAGGGGAACAGUCAGAGAGAUUGAUGCAGCUAACACACAAACAUACACAUAUUUCUCCAAGUAGGAUUUAGUUCCAGGACAGCUGACUCCUAGUAAAGCGUGUUGAGUUGGUUGGGACAGGGACUUCGUGGCUUCCCAGGGUAUUGGGGUCAAUGAGACAGCUCUUCAGACUGGAGUCAGACUGGGCUGGGAGCAGCUUUCUGAAAAGGCCGAGCCACAUUUUGGCCAGGAUCUGGAACGCCCAGUCCUUUCUGCUGCCUGGCUGACCUCUCUGAGAACAAACUAUUCUCUGGCUGAACUGAGGAGGGCAACGGACAGGGAAGGGAGGGAGGAUCUAGGUGAAGCUUAGGAAAUUGCCAGGGUCAGUUCCAAGAAAAGAAGAUUGGUUUUUGUUUUUUUAGGGAAAAAAUAAACAUUUUCUUUUGCCUGCCUGGAGGGCUGUGCACAUCCAUUCUGGUCCACGGUCUUGAGUCAUUCUCUGAAAAACAAAGGCUUAUUUCUCUUUUCUGCCUCCAUGGAGGCUUUGCCCCUCCUUGGGCUGCAGUCUUCCCCAUAGCGUGUGGGCUGGAGAGAUAAAAGAAUUCUUCUCCUCUUCUUGAAGAGCAGUCAGUGCUGCUAAGGUCUCCUGGAUUUUACCCCUGGCUAAUAUCCCCCCCCACCACCACCACCACCCGAACUAGAACCCUUCAGGAUUGCCUGUUUCCUCCUUUUACUUUCUCUUUCUGAGAUUAGAUUUGGGGGAAUAGUAUAGUGCCCUGCUAGUGUUCCAUAGUAAUGGUCAAUCAGUUUGUUAGAAAUGAAAAGGUUAUCAUUAUAGUACCUGCUGUCUUUGUCUUCCCCCUUUUACUCCCUUUUCUCCCCUCCCAUCCUUCUUCCACAUUCUGUUGAUGAGAGGUUUGAAGUAGAUGACCUCUCUGAUCCUUCAUAGCCCCAAAUCUCUGAUCCUCUGAUUUUCUUCCUCUUCUUCCUUUCCCUUGUUUCUCCUUUCUUCUCUGCUUACUUCUCUUGAAGUUGACAAUUUUCAUCCCUCUACUUUGCUUUAUCUCCUGGAAAGAACAGUGGCUUUGAAGUCAGUCAUGAUUAUUACCUUUGUGAACUUUGGACAAGUCAUAACUUCUUUGGGCCUCAGUUUCCUAAUUUGUAAAACAAUAGGAUAACUGGUCUCUGAGGUCCCUUCAAGCUCUAAAUCUAUGAAAUGAUAAUAUUGUUGCUUCUCCUUCUCUUAGCACCUUUACUUUGGGGGUACAGUCCAAGACUAGCUUGGAAUAGUCUAGGACAUGUAGUAAAUUCAGGGCAAGACGGUUUGUGGCUGAUUUUAUCUUCCAUGCUUAACCAAACCUGUCUGAAGCCUUCAUCAUUUGUUUGUUUAGUUCUCUUUUAAAAGCCAAAAUCUUAUUGGCAGGUGUGUGUGUGUGUGUGUGUGUGUGUGUGUGUGUGUGUGUGUGAGAGAGAGAGAGAGAGAGAGAGAGAGAGAGAGAGAGAGAGAGAGCGCGACUGUUCCAACAAAUAAAACCCAAUCUAACUACCACUAACAAUAACUUCCCAUGCUCCUUUCCCCCCCUAAAAAUUAAAAAAGAGGCUAUUUUGUGUGUUUUUAUUUCCCAAAUCCCCUAGCAUGCUAUCAACAGCAGGAUCCUAAAGUCUUGGGUCAAACAUUGGGGGAUGGAGGGAGAAUGAAAUCUACAUUUAUUUCAUUAUUUAUUAAAAUGUUUACAUUUUCUUUGUGUUAUUCUAAACCUGACUAUAAAAAGAAAGCAUUAAAAUACUCAGUUCUGGGUU